AUGCUGCGACCCCCGGCUCUCUUUGGGAUCUUGUCCCUCGCAUCAAGCACCUUUGUGGCCGCUCAUGCACUGGCACCAUGGGAAAUCGUCCAAGUUGACACUUAUUCCCCAUCCGGUCGACUUGGCAGCAGCACAAUCAGCUACAUCAAGACCACCAUCACGGACCCCAACAGCGCCACCAAUGCCACAGCAAAUUGCAACAUUGAAUGGGACGGCCUAACCAAAGGCGAGACGCCAUACGGCACAGCGCUCGAAUGCACGCCAGUAGAAGACGGAUCGUGGGAAUUUGAAGUCCUGAGAGCAGACCCCUCCUCCGAAAGGCCCUCCAUCAGCAACUUUAUCCUCCGCUUCACGCGCCUGACCAACGACGGCAACCUUUACGUCGGCUCCGUCACUCUUGAUAGCGGGAUUGACCGUGACCUCUUCUUCAUGUGCGCCGCCAGUGGUUUCUGCUAUGCCAACCUCCGCCCCGAGUCCACUCCCGUCCGCGUGACUCCGAAGGAAAUUGGGAACAGGUCCUCCGAUCUCAAAGAGGAGUAUAACCCGCUGGUUGUGGUGCCGGAGGAGGUUAAGGGACGGUAAAGGAGACGAAUGUAAUGAUAGGUAAUUUUUAAUUUACGGAAAAUAACAGUCUGGUCGGAAUUGAACGCAUGAUUUCCGAAAUCGGAUCAAGACAAGGUCCCAAAUACUGGAAUGGAAGGCGCGCUUAUCUUGACCUCGCUGACAAUUGCGACAGCCAGGUUGGGGAAGGAACUCCCCAGAUAUCGCGUCAGUCAAUGAGGGAAGGAGGAGUUUACCCUAUCAGUCUCUGUUCUUCCAGACCGGCAUUUCCUUUGCUCUCCGCACCCAAUGGACACUCCUUCCAAGCACAAGGUCAGCCAUCCUUCUUUGCGAAAACUUACCCGGAACUCACCAUGUGCCAUCCUGUCGCGAUCUUUGCAUUACGAGACAG